AUUCUACAAGCAGUUAUUUGUAGGAUUUAAUGUGUUUAAAUUUGAUUUACCUACAGGAGUUGAGUUCACACUGACAAAAUAGUAUUAACUGCUGUGCUUUUCUUUACUUCUAAGGAAAGAAUUGUCCACACAGAAAGAGACAAACGUCUUGAGGUGUAUCUGAGAGGCCACCUUGGAUGUGCUCUGUGCCUCUGCCUCCCAGUUGCUUGUUUCUUCCUUGAAAUAUACGGCUGAGGUGUUUCGGGGGCUUUUUGUUUGUUUUGUGUUGUUGUUUUGGCCAGAUUGGACUACUUUAGAAUGGGAAUUGGUUUGUAGGUAUAGUCCUGAAAGACAAGCCUUUUUAAGUUGAAUCAUGUCUGUGUCACUGACUAGUUCUGUGACCCUGAAGAUGACCUUGCCUUCCUUUGGUCUCAUUUUUCCUUGUGGAAGAUGAGGAGAAUGAUAAUCUUUUCUAAGUAAAAGUUGGAGAGCCACCACUUUAUUAUCCUAGUAAUGGUCUGUCUCUCCAAGCCUACCAGUAACCAUGAAGCACAUCUUGUACUUCAACCUUGAAUGCUUUAUUAACUAUUGCGUUUUUAUUACUGGUUAAUUUUUUUUUUUAAUAAAGGAAGCUUCUUGGAGUUUGGUCAUUGGCAAAAUGCUUCAAGUGGUUUAAAAACUUCUUUGUGGUUACCAUUAUUUUCUGUUGACAUUGAUCCAGUGUACCGACCUGCUCCUCAAUGUGAUGAGGAAUGAAAUUUGUUCUCUGCUAUUCAUGAAUAUGUCACGUAGUUUUAAAACCAUACAGAAUUGGUUAUUUUAGUCUUCUAUGUUAAGUAGCUGCCUCUUUAAAUUUCCUGGUUAAUAUUUAUUAAGUCCAUAUCUCAGCAAUAGUUGAUUUUUAUCCAAAGAUAGAAUAGACUGCAGUUUCUUCAAAUACUAUAGGCUCCAAUCCAAAUAUAGUAAAUCAAGAUUUCAUGGAGAGAGGCCUGGUAAUUUGAACAUUUAACAAGUAUUUCCAGGUAGAUUUUUUUAUCAAGCAAAUUUGGGAUUCAGUGGCCCAGAUACUGCAUUUCAAAGUGUGUUUGUUGGGCAGGCAUUAUCAGCCUUACCUGGGAACUAGUUGUGACCACAGACUCUCUGGUUCCACCUAAAGCCUACUGAGUCAGCAUCUGCAUUUUUAAUAAGACCCUAGGUGAAUUGUGUGCACAAUAACUUUGAGAAGUGCUGGAGAGGAGGUAGGUUAUAAGUACGCAGUUGGUUCUCUAUGCUGGGCUUUGUUUUGAGAACUUGUGAUCCAUGUUCAUGUCAGCCCCAUGUGACUAUCUGUGAUUGACUUUUUUAUAUAUAUAUAUAUAUAAAAUAUAUAAAAGUUGGUCACAAUACCUUCAUUUAUUUAGUUUUAUUUAUUUAUUUAUGGUGCUGAGGAUUGAACCCAGGACUUCCACGUGCUAGGCAAGUGCUCUACCGCUGAGUCACAACCCCAGCCCCUCACUGUAUUUUUAAUAUUCACCUUGUACAGGGAUAUGCAGUACCUAUCAUAAGCUCCUAAGAGUUGCCUUCCACGUAGCCCAGCAGCACCAUGAAAUCCAAUCCUGCCAUCCAAGCUGCCAUUGACCUCACAGCAGGGGCUGCAGGGGGCACAGCAUGUGUACUGACUGGGCAGCCCUUUGACACAAUGAAGGUGAAGAUGCAGACAUUCCCGGACCUGUACCGAGGCCUCACAGAUUGCUGCCUGAAGACCUACUCCCAGGUGGGCUUCCGCGGCUUCUACAAGGGCACCAGCCCAGCUUUGAUCGCCAACAUCGCGGAGAACUCGGUGCUCUUCAUGUGCUACGGCUUCUGCCAGCAGGUGGUGCGGAGAGCAGUUGGGUUGGACAGACAGGCAAAGCUGAGUGAUCUGCAGAACGCAGCUGCUGGGUCCUUCGCCUCUGCCUUUGCCGCGCUGGUGCUUUGCCCCACGGAGCUCGUGAAAUGCCGGCUACAGACCAUGUAUGAAAUGGAGACGUCAGGAAAGAUAGCCAGGAGCCAGAAUACAGUUUGGUCUGUUGUGAAGACUAUACUUAGAAAGGAUGGCCCUUUGGGCUUCUACCAUGGACUCUCAAGCACUUUACUUCGAGAAGUACCGGGCUAUUUCUUCUUCUUCGGUGGCUAUGAGCUGAGCCGGUCGUUUUUUGCAUCAGGGAGAUCAAAAGAUGAAUUAGGCCCUGUGCCUUUGAUGUUAAGUGGUGGAAUUGGUGGAAUUUGCCUGUGGCUUGCUGUAUACCCAGUGGAUUGUAUAAAAUCCAGAAUUCAAGUUCUUUCCAUGUCUGGAAAACAGGCAGGAUUUAUCGGAACCUUUCUAGGUGUUGUGAAAAAUGAAGGAAUAACAGCCUUAUAUUCUGGACUGAAACCUACUAUGAUUCGUGCAUUCCCUGCCAACGGGGCACUAUUUUUGGCCUAUGAAUACAGCAGGAAGUUGAUGAUGAGCCAGCUGGAAACAUAUUGAAGUGUCCUGGUGGGCCUGGAUCUAGGCACAGGUGUUUGAGGACUCCUGUUCAUCUCAGGGUUUCACGGAGUAUGAGAACAACGUGGAAUUAUUUUGAAUUCUUGGGAAUUUUGUUUUUGUGUUCCCUUCUUCUAUCCUACGUCUUAAACUUUAUGGAAAGAUGUAUAUCUUACAUCAUAUAUUUUCUCCCCAAUUGUGUUGUUCUUACCCUUGAUAGAAUAUGCAGGGUGGCAGAUGGCCCAAUGAACCUAAUUUGAAAGGCUGAAUAUAGUUUUAUUAGGGCAUUAUUACUUCAUGAAUCCGUAUAUGUGCAUUUUGGAUAGUUAUAUAUUAAGAGAAAUUGGUUUCAUGUUUAAUUUAAAAUAUCAGAAAACCCAGAGGUGACAAUUUUUCACUGAAUGGUUAUAAAUGAUUGCUUAAACCAUUCUAGUUGUAGGGUCUCUAAAGUCUGCUGAACCUGUGUACUGAGGUUCAAGUUUUCACAUAGUACCUGAAAACUAAAAUAUCCAUCUUGAUUUUUAAUAGACUAUACCUGCAUACUGGUGUGGUUUCCACAUUCUUACUCAAGCUUCAGAGUAGGUAUCUUGGAUUUUCCCAAGAAGCUUUACUCUUAAAAUAGUGCCAUUCAUUUUCUAGGUGGGCUCAUAUUCCACACUUGACUGUGUUGCUGGGUGUAUCCCUAGAAGAUCAGGCCUUUGGGAAGCAGUAGUGGCCUUCACCAACUUUCCUUUUUCUCCUUUCCCAAAGAGCUUUCCCUGUGCUGGGCUGUAGAUGAAGGAAAGGGCCCGGAGAUGGGCUCUGCUGGGCUGUGCUGUUUGAUGAUGGCUGACAGCAGCUCUUAAUUCUGUCUCUGGGUCCUGGGUAGAAUUAUGGGUGUUCUAUUGGCCCAGAUUCGGGGCUGUUGAUCCACUUUGUACCACGUUGUCCUCUCUGCCCCACCAGUCAGAAAGCCUUCUAGGGAACAGAGAGUGCCAAAGUCAAAAGAAGCCUUUGCUCCCUGUUUGGUGAUCAAGUUAAUGUGUUCAUGGGCAAAGCCCUGUUCUCUCAGAACUGGAAAGAGCUUAGUGCUUAGAUUUCACAGUGAAUGAUGGCAGGACUGACCCAUCCUGAAGUUUACCUCAGAAUCCACAACUGCUUGCCAUGCUUUUUCAGUGUUUGAGCCUUUUGCUUUUGGGGCUGGCGGUUUAAAUUUUAAUAAGUAUAGAUGGGGUGUGAAUUUACAAAGAAGUGUAACAUAAGAAAAGCAAUUUUAUCAAACUAGGUGGUAUUGUAAUAUAGGGUCCAACCAGAACAAAGCCCACAGUUCAUCUGCUCUCCAUAGAUUUGGAAUGGGCAGCUGUGAUCUAACAGGGUCAUUCUUGUCACCACUAAAGUCAGCCUUAUCAUUCUGUGCUACUCCAGGACCAGCAGGGCCACUCUCAGUAAGAAGGGUUCUUAGACAGCCUAUAGAGCAAAAGUCAGGCAGGCUGACAAUUUUAACGAGUCUUACCUGGUGUGUCUGUCCUUGUGGGCAGAAUGUAAAUGCUGGGCAACACCUCCUGUUUCCUUCAGCUUUCUGCUCUCAGCCAAGCCUGUGGCAACUCUUAGCCAUGGUGUCAGGAGAACAGGGUCAGGGAAUCAAGGUGCUACCAAAUGGGCAGGGUGGAGAGCCAGGGACAUUUGGGGUGCGGAUGCUUGUCAUGCCUGAUGUGCUACAGAGCUAGAGCUGGUCCUCCACUGGCUUUUUCUUUAUGAAAAAACCCAUUUUUUUCUACUUUUCUCUCUAUACUAAAUGCUCAGUAGCUGCUGAAUGGCACUUCGUCUGAACAGGCAUGAACUGAAGCAAACAGAACAUGGGACUGGCUUCUAAUCAGAGUACUGCUUUACAGUCCACAGCCUCCUUCCUCAGUGCCCAGGAGCUAGUCCAUGUUAGCUCAUUUGGCAGUAGAUCUUCUCAUGGGUUGUCCAUUCAAGUUUAACUAAACAUCUUCCAUAGAAAUAGUGUGCAGCAAGUGGAAGUGAGGAAUGGAAACCUAAGUCUGGAGAAUUUAUUUUUCUUUCUAUUUGUUUAAUUUGUGAUUCAAUAUUUGGGUACAGUGUGUACCAUUUCAGAUCUGUACUCCAGACAAAAAUAUAAUAACUUGAAACACUGUGUUAAAGAAAUUUGAGUGUUCUGUCAUUAAAUUAUUUACCUAAUGUGAGUUGAUGAUGUUUCAUUUAAGUACUUUAUGUCUAUGCUGAAAAUCAACAGUUAGGAUUGUUAAGGAGUUACGUAUAGUAAUGUUACAUAUAGUAAUAUUUCCAGGUGAUGUUUUAUUGUAGCAGGCAUUUUUCGUCUGCAGGAUUUUAGAUGCAAAGUAAUUUUACUGUAGGAUAGUUGACAAAAACAUAUGGAGCCUGUACCCGCUGCAGUUAAUGGCCCUCUAGAAUUCACUCUCUCCCUUUUGCAGCCUCCAUUUUUUUUAAUUGGUUGUUCAAAACAUUACAAAACUCUUGACAUAUCAUUUUUCAUACAUUCGAUUCAAGUGGGUUAUGAACUCCCAUUUUUACCCCAAAUACAGAUUGCAGAAUCACAUCAAUUACACAUCCACAUUUUUACAUAAUGCCAUAUUAGUAACUGUUGUAUUCUGCUACCUUUCCUGUCCUCUACUAUCCCCCCUCCCCUCCCCUCCCAUCUUCGCUCUCUACCCCAUCUGUUGUAAUUUUUAAUUCUUUCUCUUGUUUUUUUUCCCCUUCCCCCUCAAAUUCUCUUAUAUGUAAUUUUGUAUAUCAAUGAGGGUCUCCUUCCAUUUCUAUGCAAUUUCCCUUUUCUCUCCCUUUCCCUCCCACCUCAUGUCUCUGUUUAAAGUUGAUCUUUUCCUCCUGCUCUUCCUCCCUGCUCUGUUCUUAGUUGUUCUCAUUAUAUCAAAGAAGACAUUUGGCAUUUGUUUUUUAGGGAUUGGCUAGCUUCACUUAGCAUAAUCUUCUCUAAUGCCAUCCAUUUCCCUGCAAAUUCCAUGAUUUUGUCAUUUUUUAGUGCUGCGUAAUACUCCAUUGUGUAUAAAUGCCACAUUUUUUUUUUUUUUAUCCAUUCAUCUAUUGAAGGGCAUCUGGGUUGGUUCCACAGUCUAGCUAUUGUGAAUUGUGCUGCUAUGAACAUCAUUGUUGCAGCCUUCAUUUUUAAAAACAGUUAAAUUUCUUGCUAGUAAGUUUUGGAUAAUUCUAUUCCAAGUUAGUAAAAUUUACUUAAGAAAACCAGUGUCAUUCUAAUACAUUUCUUAGGUUCUUUGAAGAAUGAUUCACUUUGAGUUCUAAGAAAGCGGUACCCCAAGAGGCCUAACAAGUUUUCUUUAUAUGAGCAAAACCAGAAUUAUGUGGCAAUGCAUAACUGCCAAAAAUUUUGAUGAGUCCUGGAGGAUUAGGUUAUAGUUCAAACAGCAAGGUUCUUAAAAUUUUGUUUUCUUCCCUCAUUGCCAGAAUUAGAGAAAGGCUUCACCGAACUAGCUCCCCCUACCCUGCCUCCCCACUGCCCCUUUGCCUAAAUCUACUAACAAUCUAUCUUCUGAAUUAUUGCUGCUAGAAUUUAAAAUGAAAUAUUAUGCAACCUAUUCUGCCAUAACCAUGCUUCUGUAACUCAAAUUACAGGGAAUGAUGUCAGCAAUAACAUGCAAGGAACUUGAAAACAUGCUUUGUGGUCUUUUCCUUCACAAGAAGCCAGAUUAGGGGGAGAAAUGGAAAAGGUCUAUAGUUGGACUACAGCAUUGGCUAUUGGAAACCUUGUUUUGGGACACUUAGGGGAGAAACAGGGCAGCCAGGCCACCCAGCAGCUUUGCAGCCUUUUGGUUUGUCCAAGUUGCACUCUUUUGUGCUUGCUAUAGAGUUCAGAGCUUUAUUCCCAUCCGUGUCACUUUGGCAUUCACAGCCCUUCCUUUUUUGUGUGUGUUGGGGGGGGGUACUGGGGAUUGAACUCUGGGGCACUUGACCACUGAGCCAUAUCCCCAGCCCUAUUUUGUAUUUUAUUUAGAAACAGGGUCUCACUGAGUUGCUUAGAGACUUGCCAUUGCUGCGGCUGGCUUUGAACUUGCGAUCUCCUGCCUCAGCCUCCUGAGCCACUGGGAUUACAGGCGUGUGCCACUGCGCCCAGUUUCAUAGCCCUUCUUGUUAUAUUUCCAUGAAAAAAAGAAAAAAAAAACACUAUCAUAGAUUCCACACUUCUGAGUUGCUGCUCCAGGUAAUCCAACUGGUUCGUGUGCUUAUUACAACAAAGUUGUUUAGUUGGAGUGGACUGCUCCAAACCCCAACUCUUCUAUUUUCACAAACUUUUUUACUGUGUGCUUUUUGUAGAGUCUUUCAAGAAUGAGUUAUAUAGCCAUGCCCUGCAUAAUGACAUGUCAGUGAGGGACCACAUAUUCAUUGGUGGUCCCAUAAGACAUUGCUUAGUGACACUGUAGGGGUUGGCUUAGUUUAUGCAAGCACACUAUAAUGUUGCACAGUGCUGGAAUUGCCAAAUGAUGCUGUCCUUAGAACAUUCCUCGUUAAGCCAUGCAUGAUUCUACUGUGUUUUAGCAGAGACACUGGCUUUAUUAAUUGCUACCUUUUAUUUCCUGAUGAAUUCAACUUGGUCUAGAUUGUUGAGAACCUUGCCAAUAAAAAAAAAAUUCAAAUAGGGUAAUUUUGAUAAAGUCAAAAUAGGACUAUUUCAAAGAUAAUCAUAGCCUCAGGAUACAGUGCAAAGGAAGGUGCUUAGCGUAAAAUAACAGCCUCAAAGAGAGAAUGAUCCCUGUGGACACAGGUCUAACCAGUGUGUGUAGCUAAAAGGUGAUUUCCCUUCACAGAGUUCCCCCAGCUUUGGUGAAGUUAGUUGUGAGCAGAGGUGGUAGGUUUUAAAAUAAAUCUAGAUUACUCAAUAUUUCUUUUGACUUCGCUUAUGAUGUUACUCAAAGCAGAAGUUACUGAGGGUUUUUUAUCCUUUGUGUUUACCAAGGCCCUCUCACUCUCCGUGUGUGUGUGUGUGUGUGUGUGUGUGUGUGUGUGUAUGUGUGUAAUUAAAGGGAGCCUGUCCCAUAAGCUACCUGUGCAGGGCUUGGAACAAGGAAGAGAAUUGUGUUUGAGGUGAGGGGCUGGUGCUUGAAACAUCUCUCUCAGUUCAAAACUCUGUUGUCAACUUUUUUUUAUGUUUAUAGAUAGUUUGUGAAUCAAAUAGAGGCACAAAAUAGGAAUAGUUUUCUAAUAAAUAUGAAAUCGUAAAUAUAAAAUCAGAGAACAAAUAAUUGUCCAAAAAUGUAUAAGUAUGUGGAUACUGGUGGGAUCAAUUUUAAAGAGCUCAGUUAUUCUGAUGUGAAGGGUCUGUUAUUUCAAAGUUCCUCAAAAUGAUACCUAAUGUUCCUGUGUACUGUGUCCCGAAUUCAUCUAAGUACAAGAUAGAAACUUGCAAGUAUAUUCCUUCAAAAAAGAAAUCACCAUUGACAUUUUACCUGUAUUUAAUAGAUUUCUUAGUAACGUGUAUAUACAUAUCUGUAUAUAUACACAUACACAUACCAGCAAGGACAUAGGUUUAGAAGAAAAAAUACACAAAAAAAUGUAUUAGAGAUUGGAAAGAAGAUGAUUCAGUCUGAGAAGGGGAACUGUAUUUAAUCAGAUACCAGAUAUAGCAUUAAUUUUGGGUUGUUUCAUCAAAAUACACUUCUACUGCAAAAUCUGGACGGUAAAUUUUCCAUGUUUUUGGUUUAUGGGGAUUGUCCAAUUGAUUUCUUGUUAGAGUAAGCCUAAGGAUAGAAUAAAAUUCAUUACAUUUUAUUUUAGGGCUAACAGAAAAGCCAUGCAGUUAGUAGGGUACUUUUGUUGGCACUUUAGAAAAGACUUGCCAUGUUUAGAACCUCUGCCCUUUUUUGUGUAUGUUGGUUGGCUCCUUCCACCUCCCUGUUAAGGGACCAAAUACCUUAAUCUUCAGUAACAAUAUGUUACUGAUUCUUUUAACAUUGUCUCUCAUGGAAUUAAUGACAUCUAAGUUUAAUAAAAUAUCUAAAUUUCUGUAAGUGACAUAAAUCAGGCAGAUACUAGAUAUGUAACAAAAUCCAGUAAUAAAAUAUUGUCUCUUAAAUGA